AUGCCUCCUCUAGACACCGAGUCUCAGUUCAAGUUCCUGAUCGUUUGUAUCAAGCAUUCGACCGCCGGCAAGGUCGACUUCGGUCGUGUCGCCGAAGAGUGUGAGAUCGUCAGUAAGGGCGCCGCAGCCAAACGGUACGAGCGCCUCAUGAAGGCUCAUGGCAUUACGACCGGCGGCAGCGGCUCCGGUGGGGUCAAGAAGGAGGUUAAAGACUCCAAAGACGGCAUUAAAACGCGUACUCCAAACAAGAAGCGUAAGCUGGCAGCAGUUGACGAGGGCGCUGGCGACGUCGAUGAGCCCAUAAAAACCGAGAUCAAAGGUGAAGUAAAAGCCGAGGACAUGGUGGCCGUGAAGGCAGAGCAGGAGAGCGGCGCGGGUCGUCUCAACGAUGUUGAUGCCGGUGCUGGCGGUGGUGCUAGCAGUGGUGGUAGCAGCGGCGCGAGCAUCGAUACCGCUGUUGCUGCACCCGCCGUGUUCGUCAACGGUCCACCGUCGGCCAUAGGACAACGAAGCUUUGGCGGCAUCGCGUCGUCGCCUUCGGGAAACGUGCAGGGUAACAUCGACGACGGCAACGGCGAUGAAGUCCUCGUCAUCUCCGCCACGGAGAGGCGUGACGGCAGCAGCGUCCCAGCACACGGCGGUGACGACGGCCACUACAACUACCACAGCCACCAGCACCACCACUCACAUCCGAAUCCGCACUCACCCGCUCCGACGAUCCCGGGGAUCCGUUCAUUUGACUACGCCGCUAACAUGGGGUUCCCCCCGCAGAUGAGUCCGACGACGACGACUACGACGACGGCGGCGGCGAAGAUGACGCCACCGUCGCAUAGUCCGCUGCCCUACGGCUUCCCGCCUAGUCCCUGGAUGUACUCGCACAACUCGCAUGGGUACCUCUAG